AUGCCCCCAAUCCCCCAACACCACCACAACCACCAAGACCAAGAUCAAGACCAAAACCAAGAUCUCAUACCUCGAAACAACAAUAACAAUCUAACAAAACGCCUCACCCCCAUCCCCCUCGGCCCAACCUACACCACAAUCUCCAUCCCCGCCUCCUACGGCCGCCUCACAAGCUCCCCCUCCCCCGGCACAAUCGCCGGCAUAAUCCUCGGCAGCGUCUUCGGCUUCAUCUUCCUCCUCUACCUCCUCUGGCUGGGCCUCAGCUCUGGCCGACGCUUCGGCAGCGAAACACAGACGGAGAUGGCGUCGGCGAGUAGCGCGGGCGGGAUGCGACGGAGACGGGGGAGACGGAUUGUGGUCGAGGAGGAGAGGCCGAUGAGUGCCCAUGGACAUGGACAUGGACAUGGUGGGGAUCAGAUUGUUGUGGAGGAGAGUGUGACGAGUGCGCCGAGUCGGUCUGAGGGGGAUGUUAUUGAGGUUUUUGAGGAGGCGAGUAGUGUGGAUCGGCCGCCGAGACGGGGGAAGCAUGGUGGUGGCGGAGGGUGGAGGAGAGGGGAUUUGGAGGGGAGUGAGUUUAGUUCGAGGGUUUGA